AUGGUUAUGGACAACUCUGAUCCAGGAGCUGCAGGUGUGAUAGCGUGGUGCAAUAUGAUUCGCUUCAAUAUGGCCAGGGAUCCAGGUCGACAAUUUCUGGAGGAGCAAAUUCAAAACGGAUUUGACUUUCUGGACAGCUAUCUUGAAAACGUGUUGUCCGGGCCAAAGACCGAGUCCGUCACGGAACUGCUCAAGACCCCAGGCCGUAAGAAGGAUGCACCGAGGACAAGAGCGGCCACGGCGGCAGCAAUGAAGGCGAACGCGGUUUUCUCUGUGUCCCUAGAGGAGGAUGACGCGUCACAGGAAAACCGUGCUCCAGUCAACAGCUUUCACAGGACGCUGUUGCAGGCGAAGGAGCAAAAUGAUGCUAUUUCGUCUAUGGCUACCUCGAAAGAGUCUGUGCAUCACCAGUCGCGCGAGAUAUCUAACGCGAUGGAUGCCACUGAGCCACUGAAAGGGAAGGUACAGAAAGUCCUCGCGAUCACCAACAGUCACUCCUCAGAGACUGCUGAAAUGGAACGUGAAGAUCAUGUAAUGGCUCCUCAGGUGAAUGUAUCAUCGCCUCCGCUUCAUGCUUCGGAGCCCCAAGUGGACGCCUUUGUGGUCGACGACUACAUGGAACCUUCUAUAGUUCCUAAAGAGUUGUCUGUCAUCGCGGAGGACGACGAGCAACGCAGCCGCCUCUCUUUGCCUGCCCCCUCACAGGAGGUGAUAGAUGUGUCACCACCUGUAGCAGCCAUGUCCGGGCUGCAGGAAAAACCACAACCUGUCGAUGAUAUGGUCACAAACGAAAUUCAAGUGCAACUCCCGACUGAGAUCGCCGACCACACUCCGGACGAUGACUUCGCAUCAACUUCUGCACAGACCUUCCAUUCGAUUCCCCUUGAUUCACCUCGCGUACUCAGUGCAGUCAUCGAGUACUCCACAGCGCCAUUGCCGCCGAUGCCCCGGGGGGAUGUUCAAGAUGAUGCACACGCGUCGGCCACCCCGCUUCCCAUUGUACCGUCCGCGUCCACCGAGGAUGCAACAUCAGACCCUACCCAAUCAGGCGACCUCGUUGUACCCAUCCGCGACGAUGCGCAAACCUCAGGCCAAGUGCUCAACCGCAAGCCGAGCCUGUCCCAGUUCACAGGACUCUCAGCGCCCUCUCCACUGCGCAAUUCUAGAGGCAUAACGCGCGAGCCCUCGAUGGGCCCAGGACCAGGCACAACUCCCGCGCCCUCCACCGGCGUUGUGGUCGGGAAGCGGAGCUCGUGGCUGGUCAAAGCCCGCGAGGCAAAAGCGUUGGAGGUCACGAGCAAGAGGGUCAGUACACUCGGGGCUGGUACAUCGACGAUGAUGACCGGGACCAAGCGGAAGAGCGUGGAGAUGCUUGGCCCGUCGAUACCGUCGCUUGCGUCCAAUUUGAAUGUCAAAAGUUCAGAGGACGGCGAGCGCUUGCCCAAGGUCCUUAAGCUUGCCGAGCCUAUCGAGGAUACGUCGAUUCAAAAGGGCAAGGGCAACGAAUCGGCUGAGCACAACGCGGUCGAGAAGCCAUCCUUGAUCGCUGCGAAGGGUGAAAGGGAAACCCCUCCUCUCCGAGCUCCGCCCUCUCCUACGCGCACCACGCGCACCCUGCAUGCUGCUCAGUCGACUGAGGAUAUCACUGUGCCUCUCCGGUCUGCUGAAGAGGAGGGCGUGCUGGACCGCUUCAAGCGCACGGUGGAGGGCUUCGGUGCACGCGCUGGGAAGAACGCGGGUAAAUCUCUCGGGGAGAACGCUGCUGCUGCGCUCGCGGAGGCAAGAGCCGCGGCAGAGGCAAAGGUGGCUCAGAGGCACAAGAUUGAAGGCGAAGACUCAAUAAUCAUGACAGAGGAGUCAAGGAUGGCUGUGGUACCCGUUGAAGAACCCUCAGUACCAAAGGUCAUUUCUUCAGCACCUCCAUCUGCGACCGCACCGAAGGAGUCCGAUAAAAGGUUGAGUAUAUCUGACCUUGUCAGCUCUGCUGAUGACGAGGUCCGGAAGCAGCACCUUGCACCAGCCGCACAGCUUGUUCCUCAACCAUCUACUGUGAACAAUGUCGCGGACAGCAGUAUGUCGACAACACCUCCCAACUCGCCUCCUCCGCAGAAACCGAUAUUCACCGCACCGCCUCCACCAGUCUUCAGCAAGCCGGUGCCACACCCGGUCUUCGCCCUUCCCACUGCUGUGUCGCACAAUAAGCCUGCUGCUGCGACAGGGCCCAGCAAGGACUUCUUGUUCAAGCUGCCUUCGUCAAGCCUGUUCAGUCUUCCAGCGGCUUCGCUUGGCGUGCCUCCCACAUUCUCUGCUCCGCAUGCCCUCUCUGCUCAGUCCAGCAAGGCGAGCAUAUUCUCCGAUGUGAUAUUCGACAAGGAGGACAGCGUACCCGCAUGGAUGACGUCCACGCAGGACACGGACUACGAGGAGUACCGCUCGCAGUCGCAGCAGAAAGCGGCUACCCAGACGGACGAGCUCGACGACGAUGAUAGCUGGCACGUCGACGAGAAGUUCACAUCGAAUCAGAUGUGGACGCCGUUCGGCUUCGCGUCUGCCGACAAGGACGACACGUGGAGUACGAUCCCGAGCCGAAGCACCAGCCAGAAGGGCGGCGACACUGGCCCGCUACAGACUCAGAACCUCACACGUGCCCUGGAGCAAGUGCAAGAGGCGUUUUCUGAACAUGAACCAGAGCCAGCGCAGACGGUUCCCGAGGUGGAUGAUGAUGGAUAUAAUGCUGAGGCCGAGGAGUUGGCCGACAUGGCGAUGGAGAUUGACGAGAUGGACGUCCCGGAGCCAGAGACUGACCUCGAAGAUAUCAUCCUCGCCGGAAAGUCCACAGUUGGUCUCGUUAAGCCUAAGCAUGACCCACUGAGGGCGCGGAGCCAGAGCCAACAAUCGAGCACAUCAGCAUCAUCGUCGCAGUCUCAGAUGGGCUUCUUCGGCAACGCGAGCAAGUUCGUGAGCAGCAUGCUGGGCGGCAGCAAGAAACCCAAGCCUGAACCCGUCAAGAGCUUGCAGUUGGCUGCUGUUGCUGCGAAGAAGCAACAAGAAGAGAACGAGAAGAAGACAGCGAGGUUGAAAGAGAUGGAGAAUCGCCGGCAACUCGCGCAACAAAGAAAGGCAGAAGAAGACAAGGCGCGUGCUAUUGAGGAGGAUCGCAAGUUCAAGGUGGAAACCGAAAGGCGCAAGAGGGAGCGCGAAGAACAUACCGACAAGAGACCCUUGAGAAGUACAAUGAAGAAAGGUGAAGAGGAUAACACCAAGAAGCGUAAACUCGGUGAUACCGAGAAGAAACCAGAUUCGAAGAAGCCUCCAUCUAAAGAGAGGAAGGACGCCCUGCCCGUACGCACAGGGAAGUUUCCGUCUGCGGCAGCUCCGGGAACUUCCACUAAGACAAUGAAGUCAGCAUUGAAGCAACAUCCCCCCCACACACAGGACUCGUCAGCGGCUGCAUCCUCGUCCACAGCGAAACCACCCAAGAACCUUAAGACUGCCGGAUCCUCCAGCAACCUGAAGGCUUCCGCGAAAGGCAAAGCACCGGCAACGCAAAAGGACGAUGACCUCGGCGGCCAGCAGCCCUCUCAGGUCGUGCAAAGCCAGAUGGCGAAUCGGGCGAAGACCCAGAUGCAGGCCGCUCAACCACCGCCCUUGUCGAGCAAUGACAUCGAGCUGCCAGAGAUUCAUAGCGAAUACUCUGACUCGGAGGACGAAAAUCGGCCGCGGACGUUCGACCCGCCAGAGUGGGCACAGUCGCCAGAGCUCAGGCAUGCGCUGCAACAGCAGAGCACCCUGAAUCCUGACGACAUCUUCGGCAAGAUUGGACCGCUGAGGAUGGAGGAGAUAUUCAGGACGAGGCAGAGCCGGUUCAGGGCGCGAACCAGUUCAGCGAACUGGACGGGCACGGAUCAGCUCACACAGCAGGAAGAGGAGGAGUACGCGCGUAGAAUGGGUUUCAAAGAAACUCAAUAA